GGGUCCAUUGAGGUGGCAAGCUGCAUAAUGAAGUGGGUGAAGACAAAAUUCACGCCACUCACCAAACCAGAGGUGCGCAAGUUGAUCAUAUUCAGUGACAGAUGCUGUGGGCAGAAUAACAACUGGCGCAUGCUCAAUCUGAUGUCGAUGCUCGUCUCUAUGGGUUACUUUACCCAAGUUGAGCAGAAGUUCAUGGUCUCUGGUCAUUCUUUUCUUCCUUGUGAUCGAUCUUUUGCCACCAUCGAGAAGAGGCGCAAGGUGUCAGUCCUUCAUACACCUGAUGAUGUUUCAAAGAUGAUACUUGAAGCACAACCAGCAAAAUCAUUCAAGGUGAUGAUGCAAUGUGAAGACUUCAGGCACCUCCCAGAUUCUGUCCUCAAACGACCAGCUGGACUACAGAUCACCUCAGUGAGGUGGUUAAAAGUCACAGUUGAGGAUCCUUGGAAUCUGUACACCAGACAGAGCCACAGUCUAUUUGAGGGAUGGAAAUCGUGGCUGAUCUCCAAACCAAAACAAGGAGCUACACCUCAACCUCCCUAUUUUGCAAGCUACUACCCUAGAGCAUAUGAGAGUCCUCUGCCCAUCAAAAACAACAAGUACCAAGAUCUGAUGACCAUGCUCAACUACUUGCCAGCUGCUGCACGUUCGUUUUAUGAAUCACUGCAGAGUGAAUCAUUUGUUGUUAAACCAAGCUACAUAAUUAACUGUUUUUUCUGUGAGUUUAUGAUCCCCUGA